CCUGGUGGCUAGCAAACGGCUUGAAGAGGAGCAACGGAAAGGCUGCCAUAAAGGGAGCCCUUUCCACUUCCAUGAGCCACCAGCAGUCCCGGAGCGCCUGCCUGCUGGAGCCUGAAUACAAACAACAGGUCAGAAUGAGUGUGAAAGAUAAGGCUAAGCUGCAGUUAAGCAAAUUUGAUGUUGGAGACAAAUUUUCUCACAUACCAUUACCAAAAGCCUCUGUUCUUGUGCCAUUGGUGGUCAAAGAUGGGAAAUUAUAUGUACUUUUCACUGUCAGAUCAAUGAAGUUGACAAGAUCUCCAGGAGAAGUGUGUUUUCCAGGAGGCAGACGAGAACCAACAGAUAUUGAUGAAAUAGCCACAGCUCUCCGGGAAGCAGAAGAAGAAGUGGGGCUUUGUGCAGAACAGGCUGAAGUAAUCUGUAAGCUUGUACCUGCAAUAGACAGAACAAACUCUAUAGUAACUCCAGUUGUAGCCUUCAUAGAAGACUCAUUCCAACCACAUCUUAAUCCAGAAGAAGUCAGUGAUGUGUUUUAUGUACCACUGGACUACUUUAUUCGUCCGUCAAAGUACAAGGUUAAACAUGUUCAAAUGUCUGGGAGGGGAUUUGUUCCAGUACACUUUUUUGAAUAUGAUGACAAAGAGCAUAAUAGCUCCUAUAUAAUUUGGGGACUCACAGCACACUUUACUGUCUUUCUUGCUCUUGCAAUUUUUGGUGAAAAACCAACAUUUGAAGUUGAGUACGAUCUUGAUAAUUUGAUUUCUUCUGCUGAGAACAAUUUCAUGACGUUACAUAACAUAAUGAAGAACAAACUUUAAGAUAUGAAAUUGUUAACUUUGAAAAGAAAGGAAAUAGAGUGUAUAAAUUAGGUUCUCAUGGUGCAUUCCUUUAGGUUCUCAUGGUACAUUCCUUUAAAUUAAAAAUGUAAAUUGAAGUGAACUUUAAAUUUGCAGAUCCAGUUUUGUGUGAUUGAUCUCAUAGCAGGAUCACAGAAAACAAGACACUGCUCAUUGCUUCACAGACUUCAUUAAUGUAUCCUGGAAUAUAUUAUUCUCAAAAGGGCCAAAAGUCCAAUUCUUAUUAGUUUCUUCUUGUGGCACAUUUUUAAAAAGCAUUCCAGUAUUAAAUUCCAAGAAAUAUCACAAACAAUAAAAGAUUUGAAGAAAGAUAAAG